AUGGCACUGAGUGAGAAUUGUAAAACCCAGCCAGCUAAAGAAACAGGGUCGGUGCAAAACCCGCCGUCUGAUGUUAUUGAACUAAACGUAGGAGGACAGGUAUACUAUACUCGUCUACAUACUUUAACAAGCAUCCCCAAUUCCUUACUGGGACGGUUAUUCUCCACCAAGAAGGGGUCCUCGUCGAACGACUUGGCGCGGGACCUCAGGGGACGUUAUUUUAUCGACAGAGAUGGUUUUCUGUUCAGAUAUGUAUUGGAUUAUUUGAGAGAUAAGCAGGUCGUCCUACCCGAUCACUUCCCGGAGAAAGGAAGGUUGAAACGGGAAGCAGAAUACUUUGAACUGCCCAAACUGGUCAAACUGUUGGUUUCCGAGGAAUCUAAAACAUUUCAGGACGACCCGUUUCACAGUGAUUUCGACGACGCGUCGCUAACCAGCGACCAGAGGAUAUAUUCCUCAUACUCUCUGGACGGGAGAUAUGGAUACAUAACCGUCGGUUUCAAAGGCACGUGCGCGGCACCGGGGGGCAAAGACAGUCAGAUUGACCCCAAAUCCAAAAAAGUAGUACCCAGAAUCUUCAUCAGUGGAAGGAUCGGCCUCGCCAAAGAGGUGUUUGGAAACACCCUGAAUGAGAGCCUAGACGCAGACAGGGCUGCGGACAGGUACACCUCCCGGUUCUUCCUCCGGUUCUGUCACCUGGAGCGGGCCUUUGACAUGCUGUCGGAGAGCGGGUUCCACAUCGUUGCCUGUAACUCGUUGCUCACCGCCUCUUCCAUCAGCCAUUACGCACCUGAGAAAGUAUGGUCCAAUUUCACGCAGUACGUCUUCUACCGUGGCCCAUCCAGGUGGUCUUCAUCCCACUGCGACUGCUGCUGCAAGAGCCACAAGAGUGAGCGCGAGGGAGAGAGUGGCACAUCUUUGAACGAGCUCUCUACUUCCUGCUCCGAGACCCAAUCAGAAGCCAGCUCCCCUCAGGGCACUGUCAUCUGUAGUUCCGUCAGCCGUCAGCCUCACCCCGUCGCCCAGACCCUGGACCGGCCACUGAAGAAAGGGCCCGUUCAGCUGCUCCAGCCGUCGGAGAUGAGGAGGAAGACGGACCAGCUCCGGGUGAGGACCAUGGGGAUCAGGGAGCACCGGGAGGCUGCAGCCAAGAGGAAAGCCAACAAGGAGAAGUUAACACCGGAGCAGGAGCUGGAGAGGUGCAUCCAGGACUUCCACAGGAUCAGGAUUCCUGAACGCUUCCCCGAGAGGAAGUACAUGUGGCAACAAGAACUGCUGAGGAAGUACCGUCUCUAA